AAUUAAAAAAAUAUAAUUGUACCAUAAUUUAAAGAAAAUAAAAAAAAAUGUAUUUUUUUUAAUAUUAUUUUUAUUAAGUUUAAGAUAUUCUUGAAAACUUCCAAAAAGAAUUAGCCAAUAAAUCCAAGUUCAAAAGUCCAACGCCCAAAAAGUAAAAGAGGAAAAAAAAAAAAAAAACAUCCAAUACAGAAUCUCAUCUUCCUUAAUACUUCGCCUAGUACCUGCGUCUCUCUUCCUCUCUCUUUCGAAAUUCUAGAUUAUCUCCAUUCCGAAAAUCCUUCACUUUCUCAGCAUCCAAACAGUGUCUCAAAUACCUUUUUUUUGCAAUAUUUACCACUGUUGUUGCUCACCCAUUCGCUUUUUUGAGAUCCACCUCUUAUUAUUAAACCUCUAAUUUAUUGGAAAAGUCUGUUAUAAUUGAAUUACUGUUUUUGAGAUACUGAAAUUCUACCUUCUCUAAAUUUCCUUCACUUUCUCCGAACAUCUUCAGAAAACUUUAAUUGAGCUCUCUAAAGCCUCAUCUUCAGAAAACUUUAAUUGAGCUCUCUAAAGCCUCAAAUUCUAAAAUUUCCAUCUGGGUAUUUCAUUUUAUAUCUCAAAGUCCAUCCUUACUUUUUUCUCAGUUGCUCAUGAUCCAAAUGGUCAAGUACCAUCAUAAAACCCUCUAACUCUCCAACAAGAGAGAGAGAGAGAGAGAGAGAGAGAGGAAAGGUAUUUUACAUGGGGGUUUCUUUUAAGGUAUCAAAAACUGGUACUAGGUUUCGUCCAAAGCCUAUUACUUUACCAGAGCCUGCGCUUGAUGAGGCCUCAGAGAACACUAAGGAAAGCUCUUUAAUUGGCUCAAAGAAUGAAUCCUCAAAGAGAAAGCUCGAGUGUCAUAGGUGGACUCUGUCUCUUAGGUUGCCGUCUUCUUUGCUUUCCUCUUAUAACAAGGGAGAAAUUUGCUUCCUUUAUAUUCGAGAGCCCUCAAGUGAUUUGUCUGGGGAUAGUAAUGUUGACAUUGGUGAGGAUCUCUCUGGUGCUUCAAGUUCAUCCAUCACUGAGCACGAAGUUUCCUUCACAUUGAACCUCUACUCAGAUGGAUAUUCUAUUGGGAAGCCUUCUGAGAAUGAGGCUGCAAAUCAGGCUCUACUCCAAGAUGUUUCAAAGUUGUUGCAUCCAUAUGAUAAGACAUCUGAAACUCUCUUUUUGGCAAUUGAGUCUGGCCGGUUGCCUGGAGAUAUUCUGGAUGAUAUACCAUGCAAGUAUGUCAACGGCACACUCAUGUGUGAGGUGCGGGAUUAUCGAAAAUGUGUUCCUGAGCAAGGUUCUAGUAUUCCAUCUAUGAAUGGACUCCCUAUUGUAAAUAGAGUACGUCUCAGGAUGUCUUUGGAGAAUGUAGUGAAGGAUAUUCCAUUACUCUCAGAUAAUUCUUGGACUUAUGGUGAUUUGAUGGAAGUGGAAUCCCGGAUAUUGAAAGCCUUGCAGCCACAACUUUGUCUAGAUCCUACUCCGAAAUUGGAUAGGCUCUGUAAUGACCCAGCUCCUACAAAGCUGAGUUUAGGUAUGAGCAGUUUGCGGAGAAAAAGAUUAAGGCAGAUGCCUGAAGUUACUGUCACAUCUAAUAGCAGAAUCCAUGGCAAGAAAGUUUGCAUAGAUCGAGUGCCAGAAAGCUCAAAUGGCAGGUUAGGAGAUUCAGCAAUCAUUUCCGGGAAUAUGUUGCCACAAAGUGGUCAGGAGAAUCUGACUACUCAAAACCUUGGUCCAAGCAACCUGUUAGCUCUAGGAGCAAGAAGCUUUAUAUCAGAUGGCAAUGUUCCAGCAAUGCCUUUGGUAGCACAGCAAUCAAGGUAUCAAAUGGGGGUGAGUACCCCAAGAAGUAUGCAGGAUCAAGGGUCAGGGUCUCUUGUUAAUAUUUCAGGAGCUUCCCCUGCCACGCAGGAUAUGAUGAUUGCAUAUGGUGACACUAUGAAUCCUGGGGCUUCACUUCAUAGUAAAAAGGAGAAUCAAGAUGGGCAAAUGUCUCCCUUAUCCAGUUUGAAUAAGAGAGCUAGGCUUACCUCAGUGGCUCCUGAUGGGAUUCAUCAGCAGCAGAUAGGGCCAAACAUGGAUAGUGUUAAUGCAUCAGAUUUGAACUGGAAAAAUUCUUUACUACAUCAACAGGCAAUGGCAAGAGGAAUUCACUAUGCUAAUGCAGGUAUUCAGAAGUAUCCCCAGCAGAUGUUUGAAGGGGUUAUGAAUCAAAAUGCUGUGCCAGCAUCAUUUUCUGCUGCACAGCCAGGUUUAAGAUUUGGUCCGAAGGAAGAACAGUUUGAAACAGAAAAGCUGGAUGGCUCAGAGAUCAGUCAGGGUAAAAAUGAUAUCCAGAUCUUGGAGACAGAAACAGGCCAUCUUGACCCUCAAGUGUCACGGCUACAACAAAGAUUACCACCACAUCACAUGAGAUCUAAUUUCCCUCAGGCAGCAUGGAACAAUCUUAGCCAAGAUUCAAGGAAGGAUGAUCAAUUCCAGAAGAGGAAAACUGUGCAAAGUCCUCGGUUAUCAGCUGGGGCUUUGCCUCAAUCACCAUUGUCAUCUAAAUCUGGAGAAUUUUCUAGUGGCUCUGCUGGGGCCCACUUUGGAGCUGUUGCAGCAACUACUGCUCUUGGAUCAUCUCAAAAGGAGAAGUCUGCUGUCACUUCGGUUCCUGCUGUUGGCGGCACCCCAUCCUUGACUUCCAGUGCUAAUGACUCCUUGCAACGGCAACACCAGGCCCAAGUUGCUGCAAAACGGAGAUCCAACUCCCUUCCAAAAACUCCAGUAAUGAGUGGGGUUGGCUCCCCUGCAAGUGUUAGUAAUAUGAGUGUUCCAUUAAAUGCAAAUAGUCCUUCUGUUGGAACCCCGACUAUGGUUGAUCAAACCAUGCUUGAAAGGUUCUCAAAGAUUGAGAUGGUGACUGUGAGGCAUCAACUCAACUGCAAGAAAAAUAAAGCUGAUGACUACCCUGUGAGGAAAUCCAACACAUAUUCACCUCAAAAUCUUAUGGUUUGUCUCUCAAAUUUACCCAACACUGAGGAUUCAAAAGAUGAUGCUAGUGCAGGGCAAUUAUCGAAGUCAAUUGUAGGUGGCAGCAUGAAUGUCUGCAAGAUGAGAAUUAUAAACUUUAUGCUGGCAGAUCGAGUUGUUCAAGGGAAUGUUGUUUCUUUUGUUCCUCGGAGACGGACUAGAAUGAUCAUGUCAGAGAAGCCAAAUGAUGGUACAGUAGCAAUGCAAUAUGGAGAAGCAGAGGAUGGUGAUUUUCUAUCUGUAGAGGAGUAUCUUCCUACAUUGCCCAAUACUCAUUUUGCGGAUUUGCUUGCGGCACAAUUUUGUUCACUGAUGAUUCGUGAAGGAUAUCUUGUGGAAGAUAAUAUUCAACCAAAGCCUACCCGCAUGAAUGUUUCCUCAAGUAGCCAACCAAAUGCUGCCGGAAUCGCACCUAAUAAUUCAGCAGCUGAGGUGCAGCAGCAAUACAAUGAGGCAGUCUCAGGUCAGGCAUCCAAUGAAGUAAAGCCAAAUUUUAGUGGUAAUGCACCCAUGAAUCCAUCCCAGAAUCUAUUAGCAAGUGCCAGGAUGCUGCCUCCUGGAAACCCUCAAGCCUUACCGAUGUCUCAAGGUCUCUUGUCUGCAGUUUCAAUGCCAGCUAGACCACAACUAGACCCACAACCACAACUGCAGCAGCAGCCUCAACAACCACCACAAAUGCAGCAGCAGCAACCACCACAACAGCAACAAAAUCAACAUUCCUUAAUUCAACAGCAAUCACAGUUCCAGAGGCCACCAAUGGUGCUUCCAUCUCUCUCUCACUUGAAUACACUUGGGCAGAAUUCAAACAUGCAGCUGGGGAGUCACAUGGUCAACAAGCCUUCGCAUCUCCAGCUUCAGCUGUUACAGCAGCAACAGCAGCAGCAGCAGCUUCAACCACAGCAGCAACAACAGCAGCAGCAGCAACAGCAGCAGCAGCAGCAACAGCAGCAGCCACAGAUGCAACAAAGGAAAAUGAUGAUGGGACUUGGGACAGCAAUGGGCAUGGGAAAUAUGGGCAACAAUAUGGUUGGCCUAGGAGGCCUGAGUAAUGCCAUGGGCAUUGGAGGUGCAAGGGCAAUGGGAGGGCCUGGAAUCUCGGGAUCAAUGGCACCUAUAUCCGGCAUGAACAAUGUGGGUCAGAACCAAAUCAAUUUGAGCCAAACUACAAAUCUUCCAAACGUUAUAAGUCAGCAUUUCCGCGCAGGACAAGUAACUCCACAACAGGCUGCUUACCUAUCAAAACUUAGGAUGGCGCAAAACAGAACAAGUAUGCUAGGGGCCCCUCAGUCAGGCAUAGCUGGGAUGUCAGGAGCCAGACAGAUGCACCCAGGUUCUGCAGGUCUUUCAAUGCUGGGCCAGUCUCUGAACCGUGCUAACAUGAACCCAAUGCAACGGAGUGCAAUGGGGCCUAUGGGUCCACCGAAAUUGAUGGCAGGGAUGAAUCUCUAUAUGAACCAACAGCAACAGCAGCAGCAGCAACUGCAAUUACAACAGCAGCAACAAUUCCAGCAGCAACAGCAACAGCAACAGCAACAGCAACAGCAGCAGCAGCAGCAGCAACAGCAAUUACAGCAGCUACAGCAGCAGCAACAGCAAUUACAGCAGCAGCAGCAACAACAGAUGCAGCAACAGCAGCAGCAAGAUCCAUCCUCAUCCCUACAGGCUGUUGUUUCGUCUUCACAAGUAGGCUCACCAUCAACCAUGGGAAUUCCGCAACUGAACCAACAGCAACAACCCCAACAACAGCCUAGUCCACAACAAAUGAGCCAACGGACGCCAAUGAGCCCACAAAUUAGUUCAGGAGCAAUCCAUGCAAUGAGUGCUGGUAAUCCAGAGGCUUGUCCUGCCAGUCCACAGUUGAGCUCACAGACUCUUGGCUCAGUAGGAAGCAUCACAAACUCUCCGAUGGAGCUCCAAGGUGUAAACAAAAGCAACUCUGUUAAUAAUGCAUAGUUAAUUCAUCUACCUGUUUUGGAGCUCUAUCCUCUCUGAGCUAUUGAAACAGAAGGCUAGGCAGCUAGAAGGCAUUUAAUUCCAUCCCAUGUAAGAUAGCUGAAAGAAGGAAGUUCUCGUGUGUAAAGUUGUCAACUACAAUAAUGAGUUUUUAGAGUAGAAACAUCCUGAAACUGAUGCUUGCUUCCAUAGAGGAAAUUUUCAUAUCCAGGGCGCAGUUUGAUUCGGUACAA